CGACAACAUCGCGCGCUUCGGAAGAAUUGUAGACGGCUCGACCAUGGAAGUGUUCUUGUGCCCCAUCACGCAUGAAUGGAUGGAGGACCCUGUCGUGGCAAGCGAUGGACACUCAUACGAUCGCGCAAGUAUCACACGCUGGUUCACCACCCACAACACGAGCCCCGCCACGAACACACGUUUGCUCGACAAGACUCUUGUCCCAAACUGGGCUCUGAAGAAUGCUAUGGCGCAAUGGAGUCAAAUUCCAGCACCUCCACAACUUUCUGACGUGCCUGAAUCGGGCUACUUGGUCUUUACCGUCGAGAAACCCGCUGCGUCAGUCCCCGCGACACGAUGACGUUCCCGACGACCACUGCGUCUUGAACACUGGCACCAUUGUCGUAGGAAAGACUCGAGUCCUAGGGGACCACAGGUCAAUUAUGGUGGAACUGGAGAUGGGAUCGCAAGCCACGACUCGGCGAUUCAUCGUCGAGUCGGACAUGUAUGGAACAUACUUGACGCGGUUUGUGCCAACGGACGAAGUCCAAGUGUUUUACAUCAAGGGGCCGGUCCGAUGGAGCGUGUGGCCAUCGCAUGCAGCCCCGCCGGUAGAAGCAGCCGGCGCCAUUCCGGUCAACUCUUGUCUGUCGACAUCGGCUACGGUGACCUGCCGCGAAGGCACAUUUGUGCGUGUGCAAGGCUCGUCACACUGGCUUUGUCUCGACCCUGCGUCAAUGGAGAAACUGGCACUGGAGACGGUGUCGCGAACGUAUCUCUUGUCGACAGAGGCGACCCAACGAGCGAAUGCGUGUGUGUGCUUUAGCCAUGCAUUGUCGACGCUUCCACUCCGCUCCAUUGUCAAAACCAAGCGCAUUCUGGCAGGCGUCGAACCUACGACCGUGCUAACAGUGGAUGACACGUGGGUUUCGCUUCCCCAUCGCAGCACGCACCGGCCCAAAAGUGUCCCGCCUGCUGGCCGUCUCAUUCAGCUGUGUCUCCAGGAGAAUGUGUAUGUCGUCGUUCUCAACGAAGUACACGAGGACGGCGACGCUCUAUCGCAAUUCCACGUGACAUCUCACGUCCCCGAUGCGCUGACUCGAGAGCUUGACGCCUGUCGCGCUUCUGGUCAGCCCAUUGAGAGAGUGGCCCUGGGGGCGGACGGUGCAUGGUACCUGAGUUACAUGACGCGAGCGGGGCGUGUCAAGCGAUGCUCGUCCAACACAUUGAUUGCCGCGUAUCGGGACUUGCACAUCAGAGGGAUCAAGCGGGCGAGGGACAGCGUCGUCCGUGAGUACCAAGGCAACCCCGAGUUAAUCCAAGCAUUGACCAAGCCCCUGCAAGGGUAUGGGGACGUCGUGGCGGUGAGAUGUACGGAGCGUAGAUCGUUUGUUGUGCUGUUUGACUACACCUUUGUCGCAAGCCCUGACAUCCCCGAGCUUUUGACAGCGACCCUCCAGCAAUUCUACGACAAACACGGAAAACUACGCCAAAAUCGAGACCGGCUUAUCGCCAAGUUCCACCGCGUCCGACGGGAAUCGUAAAAUUGAAUCAACGAACCAAACCGACGGUCCCCACUGCGUCGUACUCGUCGACGCCCUGCCGAGUGUUUGAUGUAAAGUCGAUGGCUCUGGACCUGCCAGCCCCCCCCACACAUCAGUGACGUUGAAUAUGCACUCUUAUCAUGAAUGGUAAGCCCAAAUUUGUUUGUCA